UACAAUGUGAAUUGUUAGCAUAUCCUGUAUGAUGUAGACCUGUUUGAUGUGUCCGGUGUGUGUAGCGAGCGAGCGCCCGCGGCGUGAUGUCAGUGGCCGAGGAGAAUGCCAUCGGCGAAGAGAGGAAAACAGGUUACGGAGAGGACAGUACGGAUAGCGACAAUGAGACGGAAAAGAAAGCAUUGCUCCGCAGGAUAUCAACCAGCAAAUGCGUGGGUCGACUGCCAGUGGUCAAGGAGGGUUAUUUGAUGAAGCAAACGCGCAGCUUUCAGCGGUGGCAGCGGCGAUACUUUAAGCUGCGCGGGCGCACACUAUAUUACGCCAAGAAGAAAGAUAGUCAGCUUUGGGACGAGUAUGAACUAGAAGACGCGAUAUUCGCAGAGUGCAGCAUCAAUAACGCCAACCAUAGUUUUCAAGUGAUAACAGCAAGCCGGUGCUUAGUCUUGUGCGCUGAUAGCCGUGGUGAGAUGGAGACAUGGGCAGGCGCAUUACGAGGCGCAUUGCAUCGCGGCGCAGACGUCGCGGACCUCGUCGCAAGCCUGUCAUCUGGAGAUCAUCAUUGGUACACUGCAACACACGCUAGGCCUACGUUUUGCAACGUGUGCAGAGAACCGCUCGGCGCCCUUGGCACUGCGCACGCACUGGCGUGUGAACUUUGCAAGUUCAAGGCUCACAAGCGAUGCGCCGCACGCGCACCCCCGUCCUGCAAAUGGAGCACGCUCGCCUCACUCGGACCCCAUGUUGUUGAAGAUCCGGAGAGUAAUAUAAUAAUGCCGCAUCAGUGGCUCGAGGGCAACUUGCCAGUCGCUGCCAAGUGUGACGUCUGCGACAAAACCUGCGGCUCCGUUCUCAGGCUACAAGAUUUCCGCUGCAUUUGGUGUCGCAAAUGUGUCCACGCAAGCUGUCGACCUAGCUGGCGGGCAACGUGUUCGCUCGGUCCGGCGCGGGCAUCUGUCGUUCCUCCGACACGACUGCACUCUGUCGGACCAGACGAUGGUUGGCUGCCGGAUAGACCGCCAAAUGCGUCACCGUUAAUCGUCUUCGUCAAUUCGCGGUCUGGCGACAACCAAGGCGUUAAAUUCCUCCGUCGCUUCAAACAGCUCUUAAAUCCUGCUCAAGUGUUUGAACUGAGUGGAGCCGGUCCCCGUCUUGGGCUCCGUUUGUUUAGACACUUCGCACCAUUGAGAGUGUUAGUCUGUAGCGGUGAUGGUUCCGUAGGCUGGGUACUCCAGGAGGUGGACAAACUAGACAUGCAUCGACAGGUGCAAACAGCAGUUCUGCCUCUGGGCACUGGUAAUGAUCUAGCGCGGGUACUAGGCUGGGGCGCUUCCUGUGACGACGCUGCUAAUCUUCAACAAUUGUUAGAAAGAUACGAGCGAGCCUCCACCAAAAUGCUUGACCGAUGGUCCAUAAUGACGUUCGAGCGAUCGCUGACUGCUCCACCGCCACCGCCAGCGCCUCCUGAUUUGUUGGAAGAAAGUUCACUUCUUAGAAAUCUCCAAGAAAUCGUACAGGCUGGCGAGUGUGGGGAAGGCGAGACUAGCAAUGCGCGUGCGGCUCUUCGCGCGGGUUGUGCGCAGUUGGCAGCGGUGGGGGAGCGCGCGGGGGGCGGAGCUGCGCGCGCGGCUCACCGCCUACGCCGUGCCUUGUCGCUGUUGCUACAUGCGCGGACGCAUCUCGCUCACGAUCAUGCACGUUGCGAAUCUUGGGAGCCAAUGGACACUAGUGAUAGCGAACCUGAGACGCAACCGGCUGAAAAGGGCAGCAUAGAAAAGACUGAAAAGGAGCAGCUGAACUGGGCGGCGGCGGCGCGCGGCUGUUCGCUGGCGGGCCGCGCGGACAGCGUGCGGCGCGCGCUGCACUCGCUCGUGCGCACUCUUGUAAUGAUCUACCCUCAGGGUGUGUCGCAAGAAGCAAACGCGGAGAGCGGCGCGCUGCCCGUACCGCGCGCCUUUGCCGACAGCCGCCGCUCCUCUGCCGGGUCCGCCGUCUCAGCGGCCUCCAUGCAACCUGAAAACAUUCCAGAUGUAGAUGAAGAUAUAGCUAAAUUAAUAAAUUCAAACCCACCAGAGCAUUCAGGAAAUUUAGACGUCGAUAAGCGUGACCGCAGCAAGACGAGCUCAAUAUCGCCUCAGGACCGACUUUCGCCCUCGAUCCUCUCAUCCUGUGAUACCAGUUCGUGCAAAAAUCUAUUAAGGCCUGAUCUAGAACGUACGAGCGGCACUUAUAAUAGCAGUAGUCUUAACAUACCUAAUUUAGUUAUCUCAGAUGAUAGUGAUAAGCGAGAAUCGUUAAUACAGGGAGAAACUUAUGAAUCGGACCAAUUGACUAUAAUAGAUAUCGACAAGCCAUAUACCGAUGACGUCCACUUCCAAGAUAUAUGCGAUAGAGCGGCGCCAGAGAGCGGAGAUUGCACACCAGUUAGGAAACUUUCUAGUAUAGACUUGGAAAUAGAUGAGACCAGCUCAGAGGGGUCCAACAUUAGCGAUGAUUUUAGUUUAAUGUCGGAGAUUAUGGAUAGCAAGCCGGGAGACGUAGAAGAAGGAUGUGGUAUAGGUCACAUCGAUUCUCCAGAAGUUUCAGAAACAACAUAUAUGAAUUCGGAGACUUUACACGGUGAGUCGAUUAUGGACGAUAUAAGCUCGAUGCUCGGCCAGGAAGUUCUCUUAGCUAUGAUGGGGAAAAAUGGUGAAAACGAAACAUACACCGAUGAUACUACCUUGUUCACAUCUGAUACGGUUUCUGAUAUACCUAUGGAUAGUCGACACCCUAGCUUGGAAAAGAAAAAUGAAAGCAAAAAAUACAUAUCUAAAAUCAAAAAACCAGUGGAGCCUGAAGUGGAGAAAUUUGGUUACGAAAACAGAGUUUUUUACAUAGAGAAUGCUGCAAAAAAUGAAGAUCAGAUUAAAUAUUGCAGCUUAGCGCAAUUCGAAGAAGGAAGUGAUAUAGCAAGAAAAUCUUUUCGAAAGCAAUUGAGAAAGAGUAUGAAGAAAAGAGUACCAGAUGAAUCAAGUGUAAAACACCUCUUGCCUAAAACAACCGAAGAACUUUCAAAAGGUAAUGAGACUCCGAACAUACAAAGUCCUACAAAAAUUAAAGUCCCACCAAAAGUUGCCCACAAAAAAUUAGAAACAGAAGAGCAAAUGCCCGCUUUCCCUCAAGUGAGCGUUGUAGUUGAGCCCCCAUCGCCGUCACAUAGUGAGGAUAAAAGCAUGAAAAACUACCAAAGUCGCAUGGCAUCCGUCCUAAGUGACAUAUUCGAUCAAGGAACAGACACACUAAGCGUUUACUCGCCAGAGCCAAAUCUCAGAGACAGGGAAAGACGGCAGUCCGAUAAUCCAAAACUUUUAGGAUCUGAUCCAGAAUACGGUCAAUUUUUAAGCUGUUCGCCGGCUGCAACUAGAAGAAUAUCAUGCGGAAGCCUUUUCAAACCGGGAGAGGGGGAUAACAGGCUAUCAACAUCCGUAUCUUCAAUUUGGGGAGAAGGUGGUGCCAUCGGUAGCAGUAGUAGCAAUAACAAAUCAGAUUCGAGUGAAAAAGCGAAAAAGUUGCCAAUCAUCAACCCUCUGGUUCAAUUGCCAGCGUGGCCGCACGUUACACAAGGCUUCAUCAGUCAAUGUCUAUUAGCCAAUGCGGAUGCACUCUGUGCUGCAGUUAGCCCACUGAUGGAUCCAGAUGAGACGCUCCUAGAAGGUUUUUAUGAGCGCGCUGUGAUGAAUAAUUAUUUUGGUAUUGGAAUUGACGCUAAAAUCACUUUGGACUUUCACAAUAAGAGAGAAGAGCAUCCAGAGAAAUGUAGAUCAAGGGCAAGGAACUAUAUGUGGUAUGGAGUUCUUGGAUCUAAAGAGUGGGUGAAUAGGACGUACAGACAUCUCGGCCAGCGUGUCCAACUGGAAUGUGAUGGACAGAGGAUACCUCUACCGGAACUUCAGGGAAUUGUCGUUCUAAAUAUACCAUCCUUCAUGGGAGGAACUAAUUUCUGGGGAGGAACGAGAGGAGAUGAUUUAUUUCUUGCCCCGUCCUUCGAUGACCGGAUACUCGAAGUAGUAGCGGUAUUUGGAUCAGCUCAGAUGGCAGCGUCGCGACUUAUCAACCUGCAGAAGCACCGCAUCGCGCAGUGUCGUGCCGUGCAGAUCAACAUCCUGGGCGAGGAGGGCGUGCCCGUGCAGGUGGACGGGGAGGCGUGGCUGCAGCCGCCCGGCUGUGUGCGCAUCAUCCACAAGAACAGAGCACAGAUGCUCUGCCGCUCGCGUGCGCUCGAGACCAGUCUGAGGGCUUGGGAUGAAAAACAACAACAGAAGGCUCACGCCGUUGUUCCGACACGCGAUUUGGCACCCGCAGAAGCAGCUCACUUGCUCGUCCUCCUCGAUGACGUCAACACUAUCGUCAAAUAUGUGAAGCUCGCGUGUAUCAGUGAGAGUGCCCCUGGGCGCGUGUGUGGUGCGCUCACAGUGGCGCGGCGUGUAGCGGCGCAGGCGGACGCACUACAAGACGCAGACGGACAUCUGCUACCACCACCUCAGCUGCGACGGCUACUGGCCACGCUGGUGGAGAGCUGUCAUGAGUUACUGGAGAGUGGCGCCGACCUCGGCAGUGCGGCGGGCGGCCUGCGCGCGCACCUCGCGCGGUGCGUGCUGCGGGAGGGACUUGCCUACAUUCAGGCAGAAGAGAUUCCAAAGAAAUCCAGUAGCAAAUGGCUGCGAAGCCGUCGAAGUAUCUCCGAAGGUGGAACGACACAGACCGCUGCUCAAGUACGGUCCUGGGGAGUGAAGGAGGUACAGAGUUGGCUCGAGACGAUCGACCUUGGUGAAUAUUCCGAAGCGUUCGCGAAGCAUGACAUCACUGGUCGGGAACUACUGUCUCUAGCGAGACGUGAUCUUCGCGAUCUCGGCGUCACCAAAGUUGGUCACGUGAAGAGGAUCCUACAAGCAGUAAAAGAGCUCCAGUGACGAAAACGUGGCCGUUCUGAAGGGAAUGGCCAUCUCUAGGAAGGUGUAAAGUUAUUCUUUCGAACCUAAGUCUACAAACGACCCUGUCUUGUAUUAGAAUUUGAAUAGAUGUCAUAUUUCACGAUAAUUUCGAAAGAAUAGCUAAAUAUUUUCCUUUUAUUUAAUCUGUUUUAUACUCGGUGUAAAUCCAAUUUCUACUCCCCUAUUAAUUGAUAGUACAUUAUACCUAUUAUCUUCGAAAUUUCUUCCUUCGAAGCAAACGAUUUCGACAAAUCAAAUUUUCAAGCAAUAAUUUGAAUUAAAUUCAUAUAAAGGUAUUAGGAGUUAAAUUUUAUAGAUAACGACAUUAAAAUAUAAGAUUGAAAAUGAUUCAAUAACUAUACUUAACGACUUUAAUUGGUAUAACGUUAUGUACCGUCGAAAUUGUAACCACUAUCCUUACUAUAUACUCUAAAGAAACCGAAUUAUUUUCAUUUAAAAUAAGACGGAAGCGUUAAAGUAUUAAAUUUGAACAUUUGUGUGCAUUAUCUAGUCUUAUAAAAAAGGUAACGCAACUUAUGGUACACGUGACAGAAGUAAAACCUUUUUGCGUUGAACGUCUCAUACAAACGUUAAAUAUAGAAACGCUUAAAUUCGACCUUGAAAUACUCUCAACGUACUCAAUGAAAUUUUACUUCAUAGUUUUGUUGUUUUUCUUAAAGAGGUGAAACAUUUGAGAUAGACAAACAUCGAAGUUUUACCUCUUCCAAGCUAAGUUCCUCUACCAACGAAAUCUUUAAAUAUAUCUAAAAAUUUAAUUUUAACACUCAGACCUUUCGAUAUAAGUAAAAUAUUUUUUAUAUAAUAUGUGUUUAUCAAAAAGUAAAACGUGUCAUGGUAUUAUUUUUAAUCUGUCGUUGUGCGAAUUUUAAACGCAAACUAUCGUGUUUAUUUUAACGAAAAAAAAGCUUACAAAGAUAGCCAUGUGAUCCGAAUUAAAUUCAAUCGAAUCGAAUUUAAAGAAAAAUGGAAUCCGGAUGUUAAUCAUUGGACAUACAUCUCAGAUCCCAUGGUUUCUAAAUUGAUGGUGGAAAGAAUGGUUUAUAUUUAUUCAGCAAAAAGGUGUAUGCGCAGUUCCCAUUUGCACAGGUCACUAAUAGUCAGUAAUAUCUCUUUUAAAACGUGAUAGUUUGCGGGUAAAAUACAAACGCAACGUUUAUUAUAAAGGGAAAUACAAUGAAUAUGGAUCAAUAUUACUGAUUUUAAUUUUUAAAAACGAAUUCGAAGUUAUGCUAAGAUAUAACUAAAAUCGUUUACCGAAUGUGAUCGAUUUAAAUAGGGAUCAGAACGGCGAAUUUACUAGGUAAUUUACCUACUAUAACUAACAAUAUUAUCUAUACUUCUACGUUAUUUCAAACAUCGAGUUGAAUACUUUUUUUAUUAUAUUUUUUUCUAUAACAGUAAAAAAUGGUGAUUGUGGUUGUUGCAAAUUAAGCUGCCAGAACUGCCUUCAUAAUUUACUUUUUAUGUUUAUCCUCUACAUAAAAACACUAAAUUCAAUAAUUAAGCAAAUUUUAAAAAUAGACAAAUAGAACUAUUGCCUAC